CCCAAAAAAGGGUUACAUCAGUAAACUCAGCCAUCAAUCCCACCAAAACAAAAAAUAAAAAUAAAAAUCCCAACGACUGGAUCCAAAUCCUCGCCUCAAACCGAGGGACGACGAAACGGCGCGCCCUUAUCAAAUUAAAAAUCUUUAACCAUUUUUUUCUCUGCUCACUAAAACUCACUCUCUCAUUUUCUUCGUCUUCUUCUUCAUCGUACUCUCCGACGUGACCCGACCCGGCCCGGAUGUCUCCAACAUGACCCGGACCCGAACCCGCUUCGACGACGACCGGAGACCCACCACCGGAGGAGGAGGAGGCACCGCCAUGAGAGUUAUCGUCCCUCUACAAGGCGUCGUUCAAGGCCGAGGAGGACUCGUUCUGGGCUCGGUGAUACCAUGCGCGCUCUUCUAUUUUCUUCAGCUUUAUCUGAAACGGCACCGUUCCAGCUCCAACCCGCCGACUCCGCCGCCUUCUCCGGACCCGGAGUCGAACCACCACCACCCGGGGGUUGAAGUUACGGUCUUGCCCCGGUCGCUGUCGCGGUCGCAUCUCUCGCCGAGGAACCCGGGCCCUGUUUAUGUGUCUGGUCGGGCCAACUCGGUUGUGAGAGGCGGCGAGCCGCCGUAUUACGUCGGGUUGAGGAAGGUGGCGGAGGAUCCGUAUGACGAGUUGGGUAACCCGGGUGGGGUUAUUCAGCUGGGUUUGGAUGAAAACAAGUUAGCUUUGGACUUGGUUCGAGAUUGGCUAAUGGAGAAUGCGAAGGAUGCGAUACUGGGUGGUGAGGAGCUUGGUAUUAGUGGGAUUGCUUGUUACCAGCCUUUUGAUGGCUUAAUGGAGCUGAAACUGGCUGUGGCAGGAUUCAUGUCUAAAGCCAUAGGAAAUUCAGUUACCUACAACCCCUCUCAAAUUGUACUGACAGCUGGAGCAACCCCUGCAAUUGAGAUUCUAAGCUUCUGCCUGGCAGACAGUGGAAACGCAUUUCUUGUUCCGGCACCGUAUUAUCCUGGUUUGGACAGAGAUGUGAAGUGGCGAACUGGAGUGGAGAUAAUACCAGUUCCAUGCCGCAGUGCGGACAAAUUCAAUAUGAGUAUAUCUGCACUUGAUCGAGCAUUCAACCAGGCAAAGAAACGUGGUGUAAAAGUUCGUGGGAUUAUAAUUUCUAAUCCUUCAAACCCUGGUGGCGGUUUACUUACGCGUGAUUCACUUUACAACCUUCUGGACUUUGUCCGAGAGAAGAACAUUCAUAUAAUCUCGAAUGAAUUGUUUGCUGGUUCCACAUAUGGAAAUGAAGAGUUUGUCAGCAUGGCAGAAAUCGUUGAUUUGGAAGAUCUCGACCAGAACAGGGUGCAUAUAGUAUAUGGCCUAUCUAAAGAUCUCUCACUUCCAGGUUUCAGGGUGGGCGCCAUCUACUCCUUCAACCAGAAUGUGUUGACUGCCGCUAAAAGGUUGACAAGGUUCUCUUCUAUCUCCGCCCCAUCCCAACGGUUGCUUAUCUCUAUGCUUUCGGACACCAAAUUUAUUCACAAGUUCAUCGAGAUUAACAGAGAAAGGCUCCGAGGAAUGUACCUUAAAUUUGUGACAGGAUUGAAGCAAUUGGGCAUUGAGUGCACCAAGAGCAAUGGGGGUUUCUACUGUUGGGCUGACUUGAGUGGGUUAAUCCGCUCAUACAGUGAAAAAGGGGAGCUUGAGCUCUGGGAUAGGUUGUUGAAUGUAGGUAAGGUCAAUGUAACUCCUGGAUCUUCUUGUCAUUGUAUUGAACCGGGAUGGUUUCGGUUUUGUUUUACGACGUUGACUGAAAAAGAUAUUCCUGUUGUUAUGGCUCGAAUUCGGAGUAUUUCCGAAUCAUGUAAAUCACACAGUUGAAAUGUUCAUUCAUUCUAUACAGGUUCAGGUUGCAUACAAAUUCUGAAAGGAAAUAGCUUUUUCUGUAGCUUAAAUUACACCAGUUUUUUUGUAGUUGAGGUUCACUAUGAAGCAUUGCAAAUUCCUAACGACCAGGUCAAAUCUGGAAGCUAUAAUAUUUAGUUCUAUUUGGACAUGUACUGUGGCAACUUCUGG